AUGGCAGACGGUCUCAAAACAGAACUCCCCUACAGGGGCUCAUCUUUUGGAAGGGAAUACGCCGAGUCGCUGGAUGCUGCAGAUCCGCUUCGCGAGUACAGGAACCAAUUCAUCAUCCCGUCCAAAGCAGAUCUGAAGCGAAAAACUAUUGCUGUCGCGGAACAAGAGAGCCCGUCUCCCGACUGCAUCUACUUCUGCGGAAACUCCCUUGGCCUUCAGCCCAAAAGCACUCGUACAUACGUCGACAGUCUUUUGCAGACAUGGGCGACCAAGGCCGUCCUCGGGCAUUUUACGCGGCUCGAAGACUCGCCUUUCCCAGCGUAUAUGGACUGCGAUGAUGCCUCUGCGAAGCUGAUGGCCGGCGUCGUGGGCGCGCUUCCAAGUGAAGUAGCCGUCAUGAGCACGUUGACGGGUAACCUGCAUCUUCUCAUGGCCAGCUUCUAUCAGCCAACAAAGGAGAAGUAUAAGAUAAUCCUUGAGGGGAAGGCUUUCCCUAGUGACCAUUAUGCCGUCGAAUCUCAAAUUCGGCUCCACGGUUUUGAUCCCAAAGAUGCCAUGGUGCUCAUUGAGCCCAAGGAUCUAAAAGACCCCGUUCUUCCGACAGAAAAGAUCCUCAAGGUCAUCGACGAGCAUGCUGAUAGCACUGCCUUGAUCCUGCUGCCUGGCAUCCAGUAUUAUAGCGGACAGUAUCUCGAUAUCCCAACCAUUACCGCCCAUGCCCACUCCAAGGGUUUACUUAUCGGCUGGGAUUGUGCCCAUGCCGCUGGAAAUGUUGAACUGAAGCUACAUGAGUGGGACGUGGACUUUGCGGCUUGGUGCACCUACAAAUACCUGAAUUCGGGACCCGGUUCCAUGGGAGGUUUGUUUGUGCACGAGAAGCAUGGCAAAGUUGACAUGCAGAACAAAGAGGACCCUUAUAGACACCGGUUGUCUGGCUGGUGGGGUGGAGACAAGGACCUGCGAUUUCUCAUGGAUAACAAGUUUGUUCCUCGUCCUGGCGCGGCUGGAUUCCAGCUCUCGAACCCAUCCGUGCUUGAUAUGAGCGCUGUCCUCGCUUCGCUUGACAUGUUCGACAAGGCUACAAUGGCUGCAAUCCGGAAAAAGUCCCUUGCUCUAACUUCGUAUUUGGAGCACUUACUCCUUAACUCCCCCAGCAAUGUCCGUCCGGACGGUGAGCUGUUCACCAUCAUAACGCCGUCGAAUCCCGAAGCUCGGGGAGCACAACUAAGCGUGCUGCUGAAACCCGGGUUGCUCGAAAGCAUAUUCGGUCACUUGGCCGACAAUGGCAUUAUCCUCGAUCAAAGAAAGCCUGAUGUGAUCCGCGUAGCCCCGGCACCAUUAUACAACACAUUUGCCGACGUCUGGGAUUUUGUUCACGUUUUCUUUGAGGCCUGCCGCAAAGCAGGCCAGGAGAAAGAUCAGGGAAAUUAA